AUGGUGCGCGCGCGGAACGCUCCUCGCAAGGUGAUCCCUCCAAGCCAGACCAGCUGUAAUGCGUCACCAAGAACGUUGGAGGAGGCCAAGAACUUCGGGGUUCCUGAGAGCCCUGAAACCACCUCUGAGCCUUAUGAUCUCGGAAAUUCUCUGCCUCCCACACCCCGGAUGGAGAGCCACUCAGAGGAUGAGGAGCCUGCAGGGGCUGGUGGGGACCUGGGCAGGAACCACAGAGGUCCGCUAGGCCAGGGUCCAGAGGUCCGCUCCGCAGAGGCAGUGCUGGGCCGGAAGAAGCACCGCCGCCGGCCAUCCAAACGCAAGCGGCAUUGGAGGCCCUAUCUGGAGCUGAGCUGGGCGGAGAAGCAACAGCGGGAUGAGCGGCUGAGCCAGAGGGCCUCCCAGGUGCGCGAGGAGAUGUUCGCCAAGGGCCAGCCAGUAGCUCCUUACAACACCACCCAGUUCCUGAUGAAUGACCGAGACCCUCAGGAGCCUAACUUGGGUAUACUCCAAGGGUUCUCCCACCCGGGCUCCAGUGGGGAAAGUGAGGCAGGGGACAGUGAUGAGCGGGAUCAGGCUCGUGGGGAGUUCCUGCAGAGGGACUUCUCUGAAGCUUAUGAGUGCUACCACACCGAGAUCCUGCAGGGCCGCAGCAAGCAGGAGCUGGUGCAAGACUACCUGGACCUGGAGAGGCGGCUGUCCCAGGCUGAGGAGGAGAUGUGGAGGCUGCGGCAGCAACGAGUCACCAGCCAGCAGCCCUCUCACCAGGUGGAGGUGCUGGCCGCUGAGGUGGAAAGGCUCCGCAUGGAGAACCAACGGCUGCGGCUGGAGAACGAGAUGUGGAGUCGGAAGGGCGGCAGCUGCGGGGAGGAGCUGGGUACCUAG